AUGCAGAGGACUCUCCAUUGGUUCGACCUGAUUGGCUUGGGAAUUGGGGGCAUGGUCGGAGCCGAAGUGUACAAGGAGGAUGUGCUGCUUGGUCGACCAUCACAAUAUGACAACAAGGUGCAUCAUGAUGGUGAGACAAAUAAGUACUCUUUUAUGUGUGGUAAGCACCCUAUUACUUUAAUUCUUUUAUCACCUCAAGAAGCUUUAAAAGAUCAAUUAAAAGUGAGAGAUGAAUUUGCAAGAUUGGAAUUGCAAUUUAGGGUUAAAGAGAAGGCAAAGAGUGAUAGUUCUAGUAUGUGUUGCGUUGAAAGUAAAUCUGUUUUUAUUGAUAAGCAUGCUAGUUGUAAGAAAGUUGUUAAGGAGUGUAUGUUAGCUACUAAGAGUGAGAUUAAAGAUGCUUUGAAUGAUAAUUCUGUUUUGAUCUUGCUUUUGCUUAAAAAACCACUUGUGAGCACUAACCACUUGGAAAAAGAUCUUCCAAGCAACAUUGUUUCUCUUUUGAGUGAUUAUGUAGAUGUCUUUCCUGAGGAAAUUCCUAGUGGUUUACCACCGAUUAGAGGGUUUGGACAUCAAAUUGACUUCAUCCCUGGAGCGCAAAUACCUAAUAAGCCAACUUAUAGGAUAAAUCCUGAAGAAACAAAGGAAUUGGAGAAGCAAGUUGGAGAGCUACUUCAAAAGGGUUUUGUGCGUGAGAGCCUUUCUCCAUGUGCAGUUCCUGUUUUGCUUGUUCCUAAAAAGGAUGGAACUUGGAGGAUGUGUGUUGAUUGUAGGGCAAUAAACAACAUAACAGUUAAGUAUCGUCACCCUAUUCCUAAAUUAGAUGAUAUGCUUGAUGAAUUGCAUGGUGCUUGCUUAUUUUCUAAGAUUGAUCUUAAGAGUGGAUAUCAUCAAAUUCGCAUGAAAGAGGGUGCUGAAUGGAAAACUUCUAAAACUAAGCUAGGGUUGUAUGAAUGGUUAGUUAUGCCUUUUGGAUUGACUAAUGCACCUAGUACUUUCAUGAGGCUAAUGAAUCAUGUUUUGAGAGCUUAUAUUGGCAAGUUUGUUGUUGUUUAUUUUGAUGAUAUACUUGUGUAUAGCCGAAACCUAGAGGAUCAUAUUGAGCACUUGUGUUGUGUGUUAGAUGUACUUAGGGUUGAAAAAUUGUAUGCUAACCUUAAGAAGUGCACCUUUUGCACAAACAAGCUUGUUUUUCUUGGUUUUAUGGACUCUGCGCAAGGUAUAGAAGUAGAUGAGGAGAAGAGCAAAGCUAUCAAAGAUUGGCCAACUCCCACCAACGUUGGUCAAGUGAGAUCUUUUCAUGGCUUAGCCGGAUUCUAUAGGAGAGUUGUACGCUUUUUGAGAGCAUUACAAACAUGGCAACACUAUCUUUGGCCUAAAGAGUUUGUGAUUCACACGGGUCAUGAAAGCUUGAAGUACUUGAGAGGCCAACAAAAGUUGAACAAACGACAUGCUAAGUGGAGUGAGUUCAUUGAGAGCUUUCCUUAUGUGGUGCGCUACAAACAAGGUAAGAAGAAUGUUGUAGCCGAUGCUUUAUCAGGGAGGUAUGUCUUACUUUUCAAGCUUGAUUCUAAGUUUCUUGGAUUUGAGUUUACUAAGGAAUUGUAUGCUAGUGAUGUUUACUUUGGUGAAAUCUUUAAAACAUGUGAAAAUUCUGGAUUUGGAAAGUAUUAUAAGCAUGAUGUACUUUUGUUUAAAGAAUCUAGAUUGUGUGUGCCUUCUUGCUCUUUGCAUUAUGUGUUUGUGAGGGAAACUGAUGCGCCCAAGGCUUAUCAUGGAGAGAAUGAUGCGCCAAGGACUUAUUAUGGACUUGAAGAUGGCUAUAGAGAGCAAGGAAUGGAUGUGCAAGGGCUGCAAGAAAGCAUGAAGAUGCAUGGAGACUAUAGAGAUAUCGAUAAUAAUGUUUCAAGCACCAAGAAGAUGCCAUUCAAUCCAUUGAAGAUGCCUAUUAGUCCGAUGACAAGAGCAAGAGCUAAGAGAUUCAAGGAUGCACUCAUGGGCCUUGUUCAAACUCAUCUUGAAGACUUGAAGACCAUUGAAUUUCAAUUGAAGAACUUUGGUGAUGAUUUGGGCAAGAAAUUACAAAUCAAUUACAAGUUCAUCACUUUGCUUGCUAUUGAUUCUAGAUGGCCGGAUUCACAUCAUGGCAUGAGCCCAUUAUCAUUAGUUAUCUUUGUUUGGGCUUAA